CUGGGUUGUCCAAAUCGCAAAACCCCACCUUUUCACGCAAGCCAACCCCCAUUUCUCUCUCUCUUUCGCUCUCUCCUCACCAUGGCUUCCCAAGCCCUUCUUCUUCUAGGCCUUCUCCCCCUCGUCCACCUUUUCCUCUUCUUGGCCUCCGCGGCCUCCGUUCAAGACCUGCUCCGCGCCCACGGCCUCCCUCCGGGGCUCCUCCCCCGAUCGGUGGAGUCCUUCUCGCUCGACCCCGCCUCGGGUCUUCUGGAGGUCCGACUCGACUACCCCUGCUACGCCCGGUUCGACAGCCUCGUCUUCUUCGACCGGGUGGUGCGCGGCAACCUUAGCUACGGCGGCCUCCACGGCGUCGUCGGCGUCGCCCAGGAGGAGCUCUUCCUCUGGCUCCCCGUCCGUGAGAUCGUCGUCGCCGAUCCCUCCUCGGGAGUCAUCUUCUUCGACAUCGGCGUCGCCCACAAGCAGCUCUCUCUCUCCCUCUUCGAGUACCCUCCCCAGUGCCAGCCGGGGACGGAAGGGGAGCUCGUUCCCGGCAUCGGAGAAGGAUUUCGUGGCAGGCAUGAGAAAGGACUCGAGGAGGAAAGAUAAGCUGGAAAAGGAGAUGCUUCACAUUCUAUCUUGUUUUCUCCAUCAAGAAAACAUUUUAUCUUGCUUUCUUUCUUCCCUUCUCCUCUCUUCUACCUUACUAUGGAAGCAUUGGUGACAUUGUGAUACAUUGCAGCCGCUUUAGUUACUCCCUCUUGUUUCCUCUGCUUGCAGAUCCUACUUUUAUUACCAGUAUAUGGAUACUAGAAUGGUCUUCUCUUCACCUUUGUAGAACUUUGAGAGUUGGGUAAAAUAAUGAGAUGUUGUAGCAUCCUAGACUUGAAAUUUUGUAGGUUUGUUGCAACUCUUUCCUUUAUCUUGGACUAUGUUUCUUAGCCAAAAUUUUUGAAGAUCUUGGCAUCUGAACUGCAUGGAAUGGAAAGAGUAACUUUCUAA